UCCUCCUCCUCCUCAUCCUCCUCCUCCUCGGCUGUCUGCUGUAUCGCUGGCUCCCCCCUCCCAGCCCCCCUCCCAGCCCCUGACAAGCCAGACGAUACGUUGACUGAGCGGAGAAGAAAACCUCUCCCAGCCGGCUGCUGCAUGGAGGAGAAGCAGAGGAGGAAGAGGAGCAGAAGGAGCUGUUUAUCUACACCACACUGGCAUCCAUCUUGAUGACCUACCACCAACUCCUCCUCCUCCUCUUGCUUCGCUCUGACCUGUACCUCUCCGACCUCCGAUCUCAUGGAUCUGGAACCUUCCGCAAGAGUUUUCUGCAGCAUCCCUGAAACUUAAACACCUUACUUUCUUCAACCGCCCGUCACUUCCUGUCCCGUCUUCGACCGGACUGACGGCCUCCAGCAUGUCCGAGGGGCUGCUGCAGGUGGAGAUCCCAGACUUCGGCAGCAGCGUGUUGGGCAGCCUGAACGAGCAGCGGCUGCUGGGUCAGUACUGCGACGUGUCCAUCCUGGUGCAGGGUCAGGCCUUCAAAGCACACCGGGCCGUCCUGGCCGCCUCCUCGCUCUACUUUAGAGACCUGUUCAGCUCUGCGGCCGACCCCUCCUCCUCGGCCUCCUCGCCGUCGCCCUCCCAGAUGGUGUUUGAGCUGCCGUCUUCGGUGACGCCGACAUGCUUCCAGCAGAUUCUGUCCUUCUGCUACACUGGCCGCCUCAGCAUGGCCGCCAGCGAGCAGCUGGUGCUAAUGUACACCGCCGGAUACCUGCAGAUCCAGAACAUCGUGGAGCGAGGCAUGGAACUGAUGAUGAUGAAGGCUGCGUCCUCCCCGCUCUGCUGCGACUCUCAGACAACGUCAGCAGAUGAGCUCGGGGGCUACGACGGCCCUACGGUCCAGCAGCAGCACGGCGGCCCCCAGCUGCAGGAGAGAGGUCUGGACCAGCCGUCCCUGAGCCCAGCGGAGCUGCUGCUCACGGUCAGCAGGAUCAAGCAGGAGAGAGCCGAUACUCCCCCCACGGAGGAGAACGACGAAGGAGGAGGAGGAGGAGAUGGAGCCAGAAUGGACGUGGUGGGGGAGCUGCAGGCCUCCAGGACCAGCGCUCUCUGCUACCUGAGUGCAGCCGGAGGUGUGGUUCCGGGUCUGCAGUCAUACCUGCUGGCAGGCGGGGGCCGCUCCAGUCCCGGGGGGUCCAGUCUUCCCACGGACUCACCUCCCUCUCACCCCCCCACAGAGGAGGAGCUGGAGGAGGACUACUACAGCAACGCCGUCCACCCGGGGGUCUACCAGCACAUCUAUGGUCACCCUGGAAACCCCUACAUCCAGGAGAAGCUUGAGAUGUUGCCCCUCCCACUGGCGAACGAGCGCCGGCCCUGCGUUCUGGUUGGCCGGGACAACAUGGCCCUGCCCGCCAGCCUGAUCAGUCAGAUCGGCUACCGCUGCCAUCCGUCGCUCUACACGGAGGGAGACCCCGGGGAGAAGGUGGAGCUGGUGGCAGGUUCAGGUGUGUUCAUGACGCGCGGACAGCUGAUGAACUGUCACCUGUGUGCCGGAGUCAAGCACAAGGUGCUGCUCAGGAGGCUGCUGGCCACCUUCUUCGACAGAAACACUCUGGCCAAUAGCUGCGGGACGGGGAUCCGAUCAUCCACCAACGAUCCAACCCGGAAGCCCCUGGACAACCGAGUGUUAAACACCGUCAAAUUGUACUGUCAGAACUUCGCUCCGAACUUUAAGGAAAGCGAGAUGAACGUCAUUGCGGCCGACAUGUGCACGAACGCCCGCAGAGUUCGUAAACGUUGGCUCCCAAAGAUCCAGUCACUUCUCCCCGACGGCCUGGCCGCCUCGGCCUCCCCCCACCCCCGCAAGAGCAAAAGAGGAGGUGGCGGAGGAGGAGCGGGCGGAGAGCCGGUGCCGCCGUCUGGCGUCAGCACCUUUGAGCUGGACCUGCGGCAGCUCGGUGCCUCCUACCUCAGCCUGGAGGCUCCGGCCUACGCCGACCGACGGGAGCGGGAGGCUCCGGGGGAGAAGGAGAAGGAGGCCCCGGCCGCCCUCCUGCCUCACCUGCAGUUUGCGGGGUCUCGCGGGGGAGGAGGAGGAGGAGGAGGAGGUAGAGGGCCGAUGGAGGAGAGGCUGAUGGGAGGGGAGGCAGACGGGGAGGCGGGACUACAGACUGAACCUCCCCCAGAACUCCCCCUCUCCCUGUCCACCUCUUCAUCCUCCUCCGCCUCCUCCUCGCACCCCUCCCCCCAGCCGGCAGAGCCCGCCCCCGCUCACAGGGGACUGGCUGAAGCAGACGAGAGGGGGCCGGAGCCUCUGGAAGACAGCCAAUAAGCUUUCUACUGCAUUUGCCUACCUGUAUGUAAACAACACAAUAGCUACCUGUACCCGCCCCGUCCGUCUGUCCCCUACCCUCCCCGUCCCUCUGUCUACCUGUCUGUCCCCCUACCUCACUACCUGUCUGCCCAUCUACGGCCCUGUCCCAAUACAUCCCCUACCCCUACUUUUCAGCCCUACCCCUAAAUUUUACGUGUUCCCGUGAGGGUGGUGGUGUCCCAAUUCCUAUUUUCACCUAGUGGUAGUGUGCUUAUUUAGGGGUAGUGCUUAUGACUCUAGCCCUACACAGCUAGGGAGUUCAGAUGCACCCUAGUUGACCUAGGGCCAGAAAAAUUUCCCAGAAUGCUUUUCGUCGUCAUUUGCGGACUGAAUCAAAAAAAAAACAUGGCGGACAUUUCUUAUUUUUUAGUGAAUAAAAUCAAUAUUUUGAGUUAGUUUCUGCAUAAAAAUGCGUUUUGAUUACAUUUCUAGCGUGAAAUAUAUAUUUGACUUUCAUAAUAUUCACUCAGUGAAUGUACAUAAUCACUCGCUUGCCCGUUGUUGCCAAGUCUUUUUCAAACUUCUCCAGAAUAAAGGCUGAUUUAUGGUUCCGCGUUACACCAACGCAGAGCGGUGCGCGUCGCCGCGUACCCUACGCCGUAGGCUCUGCAUUGAUUUAAUGCGGAACCAUAAAUCAGCUCCGGAGCAGGCAGGCAGAAAUCCCGAAAUUUUCGGAGCAAAUUUCUUAACAGGCGUAGCCACAGCUGUUAGAUUUCAUCUAUUAAACCAACAUUUAUCUUCCUAAAUUAUUUAUUUCAGCCAGCAGUAAUUCUCCACAGAGCUGCAGGUUUCUCCCCGGACCAGCGGCUCUUCUCAUCGCCGAAAACAUCGGAUCAAAUUUCUUAACAGGCGUUAUUUGGAUAAACUGAGCCCAGGUUGGGGAUCUUAACGGUUACUUUUACGCUUGAAAAAAUAUUAAAACUUAAUAAAGUGGCAUAUUAACAGCGCUACAGCUGAAAUGAAAACAGCUUUUAUCUCUGGGCUUCCUGAUAUGGUGUGACGUAUGUGCAAACGUAACUACGCAGUCGCUUACGUACCCGAACGUAAACCACGCAGUGACGUAGCAAGCAAAAUUUAGGGGUAGUGCUGAAAAGUAGGUGUAGGGGGAGUAUUGGGACUGGGCCCUGGGAAGAUUUCAAGUGCCCUAAAAUCUGUGGCUUCUUUUUUAGGGGUAGUGGUAGAAAGUAAGGGGUGUAUUGGGAUUGGCCCUACCUCUCCCGUCUGUCCACCUGUCUGCC